UCUGUGCCUGUUGCCUUUUGUCUUUUCUCUGGGCACCACUGAGAAGAGUUUGAUUCUGUCUUCAUUCCCUCAUAUCACAUAUUUAUACACAUUGAUAAGAUCAUCCUCCAGCCUUUUGUUCUCAGAGCUGAACAGUCCCAGCUCUCUCAGCCUCUCUUCCUAUGUUGGAAGUUCCAGUCCCUUAAUUAUCUUUCUGUCCCUUUGCUGGACUUGCUUCUAUGUAUCCAUGUCUUUCUUGUCCUGGGGAGCCCAUAACUGGAUGCAGCCCACCAGAUGAGGUCCCACCAGUGCUGAAGGAUCACCUCCCUUGACCUGCUGGCAAUGCUCUUCCUAAUGCAGCCCAGGAUGCUGUUGAGCUGCUGCAGUGGCUCAUUGCAGGUCAUAUUCAACUUGCCCACCACCCCCCCAGGUCCUUUUCUGCAAAGCUGCUUUUCAGAAGGUUGUCCCCGAGCCUCUGCUGUUGCACGGAGUUAUUCCUCCCCAGAUGACACAGGAAAUCGACUUCGGUUCCAGCUGGAGUUGGAGUUUGUUCAAUGUCUGGCAAAUCCAAAUUACCUCAACUUUCUUGCACAGAGAGGCUACUUCAAAGACAAAGCUUUUGUAAAUUAUCUUAAAUAUUUACUUUAUUGGAAAGAACCUGAAUAUGCAAAAUACCUGAAGUAUCCUCAAUGCUUGCAUAUGUUAGAGCUGCUCCAGUAUGAACAUUUCCGCAAAGAACUGGUAAAUGCUCAGUGUGCUAAAUUUAUUGAUGAGCAACAGAUUCUUCACUGGCAGCACUAUUCCCGGAAAAGAAUGCGCCUCCAGCAAGCACUUGCAGAGCAGCAGCAACAAAACAACACCUCUGUAAAAUGAGAAAUGCUUGGAAGAGUGAUGAUAAGGUGUACUUUCUGUCAGUUGAAGGAUUUACAAGAGAGGAAUGAACCCUUUUGUAGGUUUGGCUCUAGGUGUGUGUACAUUUGAUUUAUCAAGUGACUGUUGUUUCUUCUUUUGUCAACUUUUUUAAAGAUACAAGACUGAUAAACACCUAUUUCUGCCAUUUAUUUUGUAGCAUGGACAAUUUUGUAAGAGCAUUACUUACUUUAGUUAUUGAUUCCUCUUGAUUUUAAAAACAAACGAUAGUUUUGAGGGCACUGACAUUUAAGUAUCUAACACAAAGUGUAGCUUAGAAGUUUGUAGGAGGCGUUUUCCCUGGAGAAUAAUGAUGCGUCUCAAAGUGUGGCUAAGAACUCCCUCUUGUACUACUUUUUACAGCUGCAGAAUGAGCAAAGCUGAAGUGACGAUAUUGUACAAAAUCUAAAUGGUGGAUUUUUGCCGUGAAACAAAGCUGAGUUAUUACUUGU